GCCCUCAAGAAGGCGACGAGGAAGCGGCCGCCUCCCUGUGCCCCGCCCCUAGGACAAGGCUCCCUCGCUCCGGCUACCCCUGGCUGCUCCCGGCCCUCUCCCGGCUCCCUCCGGCUCCAGCUCCGGCGCGGCGGCGGCGGGCAAUUACAGUGGUGCAGAAUGGCUGACCUCAGUCUUACAGAUGCAUUAACAGACCCACCUCCAGAAAUUGAGGAAGAGAUAAAACGGGACUUUAUUGCCACACUGGAAGCAGAGGCCUUUGAUGAUGUUGUGGGAGAAACUGUUGGGAAAACAGACUAUAUUCCUCUUCUGGAUGUUGAUGAAAAAACUGGGAAUUCAGAGUCAAAGAAGAAAUCAUGCUCAGAUACUAGCCAGAUUGAAGGACCUCCAUCUUCUAAACCAGCAGUGCUAGCCAAUGGUGAUCAUGGAACAGGAGGAAGUGGUACUAUGGGGUCUCCAACUGCAUUCCUUGAUGAGAAAAUGGGUUAUCAAGGAUAUCAGAACAACCAGAGCUGGCCAGAAAAUACAAACUUAUGCUUUGAACCUGAGCAAGUGGUAAAUCCUAUCCAGAAUGAUCCUCUUAAGAUGCUCUUUGAUGAUGGCCUGUCAGAGUUCCUCUUCCUUCCAGGUGGAACAACCAAUGCUUCAACAUUUUCAGAACAAAAUGAUGCCCUGCAAAACACUUAUGGUCUAUUUCCUUGUGAUACCUUGGCUCCUGAGGGCUGGUCUGUGGAAGCCCCAAACACUCCACAUUCAGCAUCCCUCACUUCCCCAGAGGUCAUUACCCAACCUCUGCAACCCACAGCAGUUGAGGAGGUAGAAAUGGCAUCAGCAGAAGAGAAGACUCCAGCAAAAACAUUGGAAGCAACAAUGGGACUAAAGGCUGUUGAUAUGACACCACCUGGUAAUACAUUGGUGGUACUGGCCAAAGAUUUGGUACCAGCCACAGAAACAGGGGUGAAAUUGACUAAAGACAUGGAACCACUUACCAAAUCAGAUGUUGCAUUAGCCAAGGACAUGGAGUCAUCCAUUGAAUCAAACAUGACUCUAGUCAAGGACGUGACCCUACCCAUAGAACAAGAGGAGGCUGCAGUUCAGGAUAUAAUAUUUCCCACAGAAAAAGAUGUGUCAUCAACCAAAGGCAUGGGACUGCCCACAGAAAUAGAGGUAACCCCAGCCAAGGAUGUAGUACUAUUCAAAGAAACAGAGAGGAUACCACCUAUACAAAUGGAUUUGGUUCCAGCUGAAGGCAUGAUACAACCCACAGAUAAAGAGAUUGUCCCAGCCAUGGGUGUGUUAUCACUCUCAGAAAUAGAAGUGGCACUGGCUAAAGAUUUAUCACCCACUGAAAAAUCCUCAGGCAAGGAGGCAGCCUUGUCUUCAGAAGCAGAGGUGGCUCUAACUGGGGAUGUGGUGCUGUCUCCAGAAACCAAGAUGGUCUUGAUCAGUGAUGUGGAAUUACCCCUAGAAACAGAGGUAGCUCCAGUUAAGGACAUGCCUCCAUCUCCAGAAAAAGAAGUGAUCCCAAUCAAGGACAUGGCUCCACCUCCAGAAACAGAAGUGAUCCAAGUCAAGGACAUGACUCCACCUCUUGAAAUGACCCUGGGUAAGGAUGUGGGUCUGUCCCCAGACACAGAGAUAACCGUGGCCAAGGAUGUUCAUCUUCCUCCAAAAACAGAGGUAACCCGGGCUAAGGAUGCCCCUCUGUCUCCUGGAACAGAGGUGAAUCUGGACAACAUUGUGACUGUAGCCAAGGACAAUGCACAGCUCUCUGAAGCAGAGGUUGCAUCAGUUCCAGUUAAGAAUGUGGAGAUUGCACAGAAUGUGGAAGAAAUAAAUGAGGACUCCCAAUUAGAAUGUCUCCAGCAUACAGGACAGUCAGCAGCAUCUGCUCUUGUGAUUUUACCAGAACCAGUCACAGCUGUGGGCCAAAAAUACAACUUGCCAACAUCCAAGGAUUCUGUGUUAGAGAAGCCAGAGAAAGAGAAACCAGCCAAUAGUCAACCUUCUGAACAUUCUUCAGAGCCCUCUGGAAUAGCCAAGCCAGAAGAAGGACGACCUGCUCUGAGUGUGACCGGAAAUGACAUCACCACCCCUCCAAACAAGGAGCUCCCACCAAGCCCAGAAAAGAAAACAAAGCCUUUGGCCAUCACUCAGCCUGCAAAGACUUCAACAUCGAAAGCCAAAACACAGUCCACUUCUCUCCCUAAGCAGCCAGCUCCCACCACUUUUGGUGGGUCGAAUAAAAAACCCAUGAGCCUUGCUUCAGGCUUAGUACCAGCUGCCCCACCCAAACGCUCUGCUGCAGCCACUACCAGGUCUUCCAUCUUACCUUCAAAAGACGUGAAACCCAAGCCUGUCACAGAGGCAAAGAUACCUGACAAACGGGUCUCACCAUCCAAGCCAGCCUCUGCCCCGGCCUUCAGACCUGGCACCAAGAGCACCCAGACUGGUCCAAAAGUCACAGCGUCUGCCACUCUUACCUCAACUGGGCCAAGCAGCCGGAGCCCACCCAUAGCCCUGUCCAAGAGGCCCACUGCUGUCAAGACUGAGGGAAAACCUGCAGACAUCAAGAAGAUGGCUACAAAGUCUGUACCAGCUGACUUGAGUCGCUCAAGGAGCACCUCUACCAUUGCUGUGAAGAAAAACACCACUGCCCCUGGGGCAGCAUCCCCAGCAGGGGUGACUCCCAGUCGAGUCAAGUCCACACCUACACCUCCCCGAUCUUCUGUGACGCCUUCUGUAGAAAAGAAGCCCACAACAGCCAAGUCCAGUUCCUCUGCCCCCAGGCUGAGCCGCCUGACAACCAAUACUUCUGCCCCUGAUCUAAAGAAUGUCCGCUCCAAAGUUGGCUCCACAGAAAACAUCAAGCAUCAACCUGGAGGAGGCCGGGCCAAAAUAGAGAAAAAAACAGAGGCAGCUGCCACAGCGCGAAAGCCUGAACCUAAUGCUGUCACUAAAUCAGCCGGCCCAGUUGUGAGUGUGCAGAAACCGCCUGCUGGGAAAGUCCAGAUAGUCUCCAAAAAAGUGAGCUACAGCCAUAUUCAGUCCAAGUGUGGUUCCAAGGACAAUAUUAAGCAUGUCCCUGGAGGUGGUAAUGUUCAGAUUCAGAACAAAAAGGUAGACAUCUCUAAGGUCUCCUCCAAGUGUGGUUCCAAGGCCAACAUCAAGCACAAGCCUGGUGGAGGAGAUGUCAAGAUUGAAAGUCAGAAGUUGAAUUUCAAGGAGAAGGCCCAGGCAAAGGUGGGAUCCUUCGAUAAUGUGGGCCACCUGCCUGCAGGAGGUGCCGUGAAGACUGAGGGCGGUGGCAGCGAGGCCCCUCCGUGUCCUGGCCCCCCUGCUGGGGAGGAGCCGGCCAUCCCUGAGGCAGCGCCUGAAGCUGGCGCCCCUACUCCAGCCAGUGGCCUCAAUGGUCACACCCCCCUGUCAGGGGGUGGUGACCAAAGGGAGGCCCAGACCUUGGACACCCAGAUCCAGGAGACAAGCAUCUAAUGAUGACAUUCUGGUCUCGUCUUCCGUUCCCUGUGUCCCCCUCUUGUCUCUCUUGUUUCCCUUUCCUUCCCCUCCUCCCGUGUCACUGCAGAUUGAGACCUACAGGCUGACGUUCCGGGCAAACGCCAGGGCUCGCACCGACCAUGGGGCCGACAUUGUCUCCCGCCCUCCCCACUUCCCUGGUGGCGUCAGCUCAGGCACCCGGGCUUUUGGCUCUCUCUCCCGGGCUGCCCACUAGAACCGUGACUGCUCAGUUGCUAGGCAGUCCUCUAGACCCCUCCUGCCUUGCUUGCCCUGGACAGCAGCAGUCCCACCCCCUAUCUUCUAACUCCAUGCCCUAGGCCCAGCUCUCGGCUUUGCUCCAUCCCAUCCUUACACCACUGCUCCAAGGGGAAGGCUGGGUCGGGGAACAGGGUGGGUGAGACUAACUUGGGAUCCAGGAGAGGGGAACCGGAUUCCAACCUCCUCCUUGGGUUUUUGGACCAAACCCAAGAGAAACUGACAUACCCUUCCUCCUCCUGUCUACCUGAAGGGAAGAGUGGAAGUGGACAUACAUGUAAUGGCCAUGUGCUGACCGCAUCCCCUGGAGUCCACUAUAUUACUGCCUCUUUCCCUUAGGCCCCACAAAGGUGCGCUCCAUACUGGUGGGGCCAGGUGCCAAUUGCUGCCCUGUCCCAAGUUAGUUAGGGGUCAGUGCUACCUGUCCCCACUGCUUCCCAUACCUGCCUAGCUGCUAUCACAUUUUUUUUCUUGUUUUACCCCCACCCCACCCCUUUUAAAAUAACCUGAAAACUGGUGGAGUUUUGCAGGUCAAAGCCAUGUCUGAAUGAAAGUCUGCAGUAGGUGUUAAAGGAAAUAAGAAGGGGAGAUCCUUAAGCCUCCAGCUGGGAGGUCAGGCAUUGGGGGCUGUCCUGCUGUGGGCAGCUCGGGGCCCUAGAGAUGAUGUGAACCAGGCAGAAGCAUAAGGGUGGUGGUCUGGUGAUCAGGUAGUUCACACUAGGGACUGGUCAGUGUGAACUGGUGGUUUUAUUAUUUUGUGUGUAUGCUGCUUUUCUUUCUAACCAAGAGGCUGGUUUUGGUAUCUCUGUCUCAUUCCCUGGGAUCUGGUGGGAUAUACAAGACCAGGGCUGGAGGAAAGCUGGGAAGGGCCAUGGAGAUCAAUUUUUUCCCAGCCUCCAGGCACAGGACAUUCGUGCCCUCAGUUAUCAGAGCUUAAGAUGUCUAGAACUUGUGGAUAGUGGGGAAUCAGGUCUGGAAAUUAAAAAAAUAAAGGCAUGAAACUGAGGCCAUCCGCUUCCCUAUAGCUUGGCUGGAGAGGUCUGCACAAGACAAGGCAGUCUAUAGAGGGAUAUCCCUGCUAGGCCUGGUCUUGGGGUGGCUGCAAUGAUGAGAAAUCCCGGGAAUUGUAUUGACACGAAGAUUAUUAAUUGCACUUGUAUUUUUUGUAUUAAAGUUUGCAUGGUUUCUAAUAAAGGAUUAAAACAUAACAGUUUGUAAUGAAAUGGCCUGGACGUUUCCAAGGGCUUUUCCUCUAUCAGAGCAUUUUCUGCAGUGCAGACUUGUCUCUGAGGAUGCAGCCCAGUUUGCCCCCUCAGGCCCUCUUAUUCCACCUUUGUCGACUCCUGCCCUGCCUGCUGAAACUGGAGGAGCUAAGGGCUUUUGACUUGGUUCAAGUUUGACUUUCAUGUAGCGGGAGGGCAUCUUUCGGCCAGACGGAUGUUCCUGAUUUGAAGUAGUAGUUCCUUUGGGCAGGCUUGACACUCUAGCUCCAGCUUCCCCAAACAUAUACUGAGAAAUUGCAGAGGUCUUGUAGAAAAAGUGUUACUGGAGCCAGAGCCUGUCUACAGGUUUGCCCACACCAGGGACAUUAGGACACCUUUUUGUCAGGAGUGUGAUAAAGCGCAUCAAUAAUGGUGGGUAGGGCAACAGAGUAGGGAUAAGUGCCCUCUCCAUUGAUCUGGGGACCUUAGGCAUUCCCUGGUUGGCAACAGGCUGUAUCUAGGGCCUUUCAGUCCUUUGGCCAGGGGUAGGGGCGGAGGAGGUGCCUGAGCAGAGUGCUCUGUAGGUGGGCUGGAGUGGACAAUAUUCCAAGUUUAUCUGGUCACAGCUCCGUGUGCUGGAUACUCAGCAGCCACUUAGGGAUGGGACAUUUAUGUAUUUCCUGGUUUGCUUAUGGCUCAGCUAUUUCCCGUGUGGAUCUGAUUGUUUUAAUGAUUUCAAAAGUAAAUAAAAGCUUGUAAUGUCCCACCA